GGUGGCUAUAAGGAGUGGGAGGGUGAUAGGGCAUCAUUGUCUGACGGAGCAUCACAUAAGAAGCGGAACUCUGCAAAAAUGAUGACACCGAUUAGUUUGGGUGACAUCUAAGCCUCCUUGACAAGAAAAAAGAUAAACUCAAAAGAAAGAAAUAUCUCUUUCUAGGCGGACUGAGCGUCUUCUUCCUGUUAAUCCACUUUAAGGGGCGUGGAGUGGUGCGUUUCCGCGGGUCUGUUGAGUGUUUUCUCCCUGCAACCGGAAUAUUCAACCUUGGCUUUUCUAGACCAGUGACCUGCAACACCCUGCACAACCAAAAAAAGUUUCUGUUCCGACGGACUACCUCAUUUAGUUUUUUUUUUUUUUUUUUUUUUGGCCGGGCUGUCAGGGGAUCAUCUCAUCUGAAAACCAAAGCUAAUUGUUUCUAUUGCUGCUAUAUUUUAAUCUCAGCUAUAACGCUUAUAAAUUUGCACAUUCAAUUCUUCUGCAAACUUUAUAGCAAUUCAUCUGUAAAGAUGCAUGCUAGAAUGGAAGCCGCGGACAUAGCAGUGGUGGCACUGUAUUUUGUCCUGGUGAUGGUCAUCGGGCUUCUCGCCAUGUGGAAAGCCAACCACAGCACCGUUAGUGGCUAUUUCCUUGCAGGGCGCUCCAUGACAUGGAUAGUGAUAGGGGCGUCCCUGUUUGUCAGUAACAUUGGCAGUGAGCAUUUCAUAGGCCUGGCAGGAUCAGGGGCAGCCAGUGGUUUUGCAGUAGGAGCUUGGGAAUUCAAUGCCCUCCUGCUUCUGCAGCUGCUUGGCUGGGUGUUUAUUCCUGUCUAUAUCUACUCUGGAGUCUACACCAUGCCAGCUUACCUGUCCAAACGCUUCGGUGGGAACAGGCUGAAAGUUUACUUUGCCUGCCUGUCUGUGUUGCUUUACAUAUUCACCAAGCUCUCAGUGGAUCUCUACGCUGGCGCUCUAUUUAUUCAGGAGUCCUUGGGGUGGAACCUCUAUCUCUCAAUUCUUUUGCUUAUCAGCAUGACUGCUCUGCUAACAGUCACUGGUGGAUUGGUUGCAGUGCUCUACACAGAUGCCCUCCAGGCAGUGCUGAUGGUUGGUGGGGCCAUGACCUUAACCAUCAUCAGCCUCAUCAAAGUUGGUGGACUAGAGGGGGUCAGAACUAAGUAUAUGCAGGCCACUCCUAAUGUCACUGCUAUAAUGGCUUCCGGAAACUACACCCACUACCCCUCCUGUCGUAUUGAACCAAAGCCAAACUCACUACGUAUCCUUCGUGGCCCUCUCGAUGAGGAUAUUCCUUGGCCAGGUUUCAUUCUGGGGCAAACCCCUGCCUCCAUUUGGUACUGGUGUGCAGACCAGGUCAUCGUGCAGAGAGUAUUAGCAGCCAAGAACAUUGCUCACGCUAAGGGCUCAACACUCAUGGCCGGAUUUCUCAAGAUCCUGCCCAUGUUCUUGAUAGUCAUUCCAGGAAUGAUCUCCCGCAUCAUGUUUACAGACGAGAUCGCCUGCAUCGGGCCAGAGCACUGCAUGGCCGUGUGUGGUUCCCGGGCUGGCUGCUCAAACAUCGCCUACCCGCGCCUGGUCAUGGCAGUGAUGCCCACAGGACUCAGGGGGCUUAUGAUGGCAGUCAUGAUUGCUGCCUUGAUGAGCGAUCUCGACUCAAUCUUCAACAGCGCAAGCACUAUCUUCACCCUGGAUAUCUACCAGACUAUUCGGAAGAGGGCUUCUCAGCGGGAGCUUCUGAUCGUCGGCCGUCUGUUUGUUGUGGUCAUGGUAGCGAUCAGCAUCGCUUGGGUCCCUGUAAUCAUUGAGAUGCAAGGUGGACAGACAUACCUGUAUAUCCAGGAAGUCGCUGGCUACCUCACCCCACCAAUUGCUGCCCUUUUUCUGCUUGGUGUGUUCUGGAAGAGGUGUAAUGAGACGGGUGCCUUCUGGGGAGGCAUGACAGGUUUCACGCUAGGUACGAUACGACUAAUCCUAGCCUUCCUCUACCGUCAGCCUCUCUGCAACCAGCCAGACAACAGACCAUUCUUCAUUGUCCACAUUCACUACAUGUACAUUGCAGCCGGACUCUUCUGGAUUUCGGGACUGGUUGCUGUGGUGGUCAGUCUUUGUACCGCCGCACCAGAUGAGGAGCAGAUUCGUACCACCACAAUUUGGGGGCUCCGCAAGCUAGAAAAGAUUCCCCCGAAGAACAGGGAUGAAACAUACAAACUCAAUGAGAAGAACCAAUGCAAUGGCACUGCAGGAUACUAUAAAGAUAUUCCUGCUGAUGUCAAAAGGGAAAGGUGUUUAGAUGGAGCCGAAAUCAAGCUUUUGGUCCCGUACACGGACCAUGAUCCAGCUACACCCAGCACAGAAACGUCCCCCGCCUCCACCCCUGCUGAGCAGCAAGGUUUUAAAAAGAUGGACAUGAUCAGGGCAGAGCAAGGCUGUCAUGGACAAGAGGAGCGCGGCCUGUUCAUGCGUUUCUUCGGCUGUCUCUGUGGGUACAAAGAAGAACCACAUGGCAAUCAGCAGCAAGUCAUGCAAGAGGACGAGCGAGUGGUCGCAGAGCUGCUAUAUGAGCCCCCCAGGGUUAAACUCCUCCUCAACCUCGUCCUACUAACCGUCUGCUCUUUGGGCAUUUUCAUGUUUGUUUAUUUCUCAUUGUAGAAGAACCCUGCACUGAAAUUACCCAACUGUUAGAUUUUGUUUCCAACAUAAAAGAUAUAUGCUAGUUUUUUUUGGGCUGUUACAGCAGUAAGAAAUUUCACUGAUUUAAAAUCUUGUCUGUAAUAUUUACAGUUUUUUUUGUUUUUUUUACAGGGAUCCAUGCUUGUUAUCAUUUUUUA